CACACUUCAAAACAAGCCUCCAAUUAAAAAAUAAAAUAAAACAACAAAAAAGUAGCUCAGCUUUGGAUUCUUGGUUAAUUUUAUCCUGUAAAACCAAGAAAGCUCUUUUAUUGCUGGAGAGGAAAAAAAAAAUGAGUGCAAUGGAUUUUACAUGUUGUGGGCUCUGCCUCUGCCCAUGCCUUUCACCAAGCCAAAGGAAUGAUUUAAUUUUGGUGAGAAGGGAUGAGCAUUAAGUACUGGCUUUACAAGCAAAAGAAUCAGUUGCGUUUGAAAUUGGGGAAGAUGAUGAAAUGCAUUUGCUCCAGCGAGCAAGUACAAGCGGAUGAAGGCAUCCCUGCUUCAUCGGAGUCACUGGCAACUCGGGACUAUUCAGCCAGUGGAUUCUCUUCGCGAGCUGGGGAUGCUGACACGAGAGCUGACACUAGUAACAUAGAAGAGGCGGAGUCAUCUCUCCGUGAGAGUGGCUUCUUGAAUUAUGAGGAAGCGAGAGCUUUGUUGGGACGGCUUGAGUAUCAAAAGGGAAAUGUUGAAGCUGCACUUACUGUUUUUGAAGGGAUUGAUGUUGCUGCUGUAAUUCCUAGAAUAAAGGCCACUAUAGUUAGAAGAUGUGAGCUUCCGAGACGCCAUUCUCAAAGCAACGGUACUCCACCGAUGUCUAUGCACGCUGUAAGUUUGCUUGUCGAAGCAAUUUUCCUCAAAGCCAAAUCACUCCAGGUUCUUGGAAGGUACAAAGAAGCCGCUCAAACGUGCAGUGCAAUAUUAGACACUUUCGAAUCUGCAAUACCGGAAGGCUUGCCAGAAAAGUUUGCUUCCGACUGCAAAUUGCUGGAAACGUUAAACAAGGCUGUGGAGUUACUUCCUGAGCUGUGGAAGCUCGCGUUCGGCCCCCAAGAAGCAAUAUUAUCCUACAGAAGAGCCCUACUCUAUCAGUGGGAUCUCGAUGUGGAAACCAGAACGAGGAUAGAAAAGGAUUUUGCCGUGUUUCUUCUUUACAGUGGUCACGAUGCAAGUGCUCCAAAUCUUCGUUCACAGAUGGAUGACUCUUACAUACCGAGAAACAAUGUUGAAGAAGCUGUUCUCUUGCUACUAUUGAUCCUCAAAAAGAUUUUUCUGAAGAGAGUCGGAUGGGACCCUUCGAUCAUAUAUCACCUUGGUUUCGCCUUGUCAAUAGCAGGCGAAUGCAGGUCGCUCGCCUGCCAAAUCGAAGAUUUGCAUCCAGGGUUCAUCGAAAGAAGAGAAAAGUACACUUCUCUAGCCCUUUGCUACCAUGCAGAAGGCGAUGAUUCAAUCGCCCUAAAUUUGUUACGAAACCUUUUGAAUAACAGAGAGAAUCGUUUUAGUUGUGAAUUCGAACUGCUGUUGGCUUCGAAGAUUUGCACAGAGAACUCCAGUUUCCUCGAAGAAGGUAUGCAGUAUAUCCGUAAACUGCUCGUUGCAUCUGAAAAGUGUCACGAGAGAGCUAGUGUUGCAAAUCACUUGUUAGGCCUCUCUCUUUCCGCCCAAUCUAGAGGCUCGGGGUCGGAUUCCCAGAGGAUCUCGCUGCAAUCAGAGGCGCUGGAGGCGCUUGAAACGGCUCAAAAGAUGACGAGAGGGACGAACCCCAACGUCCUUCUCUCUCUCAGUCUCGAAAAUGCUGAGCAGAGAAAACUGGAUGCUGCUCUCUAUUACACGAAGCAGUUGCUGGCACUCGAAGGUGGCUCGAAUAUCAAGUGCUGGAUUCUCCUUGUUCGGAUUUUGUCUGCUCAGAAACGAUACGUAGAUGCAGAGAUCAUGCUCGAUGCUGCUCUGGACGAAGCAGGAAAGUGGGACCACGCAGGACUGCUGCGAACCAAGGCUAAACUGCAAAUCGUGCAAGGCCAUUUGACUGAUGCGGUUGAAACGUAUACGAAACUCCUUGCUGUUCUUCAAGUGCAGAGAAAGAGCUUCCAAGUCCACAAGCUGCUCUUACAAGACAGGCAGAGCAUCGCGAGCUUAGAACUGGAGACGUGGCACGACCUUGCAAAUGUCUACGCCAGUUUAUCUCAGUGGCGAGACGCUGAGAUAUGUCUCUCGAAAUCUGAAGCCAUCAAUCCUCAUUCGGCCUCAAGAUUACAUUCUGCAGGUUUACUCUACGAGGCGAAAGGCAUGCAGAAGGAGGCUCUGAAGUCGUUCGAGAAGGCACUAGACAUCGACCCUAAUCACAUCCCGAGCUUGAUAUCCACCGCGGUUAUCGUGAGACAGCUCAGCGAGCAGUCCGUGGCUGUGGCAAAAAGCUUCCUCACUGAUGCUUUGCAGCUCGACAGAAGCAACCAUACAGCAUGGUACAAUCUCGGCCUCAUCUACAAGAGCGAAAGCAGCGCCACGGCUCUGGAGUGCUUCGAGGCUGCAGCCAUGCUCCAGGAAUCCGAACCGAUCGAACCUUUCAGAUGAUGGUAGGAGGGCAAAGAGAGCAAUGGAUAUGUAUGUUGAUGUAUAGAUAGAUGAGGUAAACUUUUGUUGAUUAUGUAUGAACAAGUCCUUUGAAGAGAAAACACUGGUUGUAUGAUGUUAGAUUGUGUUGUAGCUUGAGAAAAAAAUCAUCCAAAGUUAUCAUUAAUUAGAUUUCAUGAACUUUCACUCCAAUUCAAUCUUCAGCAAGAUUGUGUUUUUCAUUA